UGGCUCUUGAGGAGGAAGCAUCUCUCAAAAUAAUCUGAAUCAGCCUAAUAAAACAUUCAGGCUUUGAAGCAAAAGAUGGAGGAUCCUGAUGAAAGCACUGCUAUUGAAGAUCAAAUUAGGUUCACAGAUGUCGGCCCUCAUUCUGUGCGAUUAGAAUGGGGAGCUCCAGGUGUGACUGCAAAUAAACAACAAAAAUUCCAAGUCGAAUGGAAGAAUGAUGAAAUUCUUACAAAAACAACAGAUGCAGAUCAUUUUGAGAUAAAACAACUCACGCCUGGCACACGGUAUAACAUCACUGUAGUGGAAACCGAGGAAACCUGCAAGAGCUUCUCUGCAUCUGUGUGUACAGCAAUCCCAGCACCUGAGAACUUUAAAUAUGUUGCAAUAGACGCAACAACUACAAGACUAAAUUGGACAUCACCUCCAGAAAUGGAUCCCAGUUUCUACAAAUUCCAAGUGAUCAUGUAUAAAAAUGAAGAGAAAACUGAAUCAGUGACUAUGAAAUCAGACUUAAAUACCAUUGUAAUGAUAGACCUUCUUCCUGCCACUGAGUACAAAGCUACAAUAAACACAAUUCUGGAGGAUGAUAAACAAAGUAAACCAGUUGCUUUAAUCAUCCAUACACAGCCACUUCCACCCACAAACCUAGAAAUCAAAAAUGAGGCAACUUCUGCUACUCUGAAAUGGACCAAUCCUAUCACAGAUGACAAGAUUACACACAGAUUCAGAGUGAUAUGUAGCCAGGGUGAAGCCAAUCUAAUGGAAACGUUUACAGAUGAGGAAGAGAUUAAUGUAUCAGGUCUAAGCCCAGGCAUGGAAUAUUCCUUCUCUGUCUACACAUUAGUUAAACUUAAUGACACAGAACUUGAGAGCACUCCUAUGAAAGUCACACAGCGCACAAACAUAAAUAUGGAAUAUAUGUUAACAGAACUGGGUCUACAAAGACACUUGAAGAAUAAACUCACUUUAAAGUCUGUGUUGGAAUUGAAGAAAAUGUCAGAUGAGAACCAAGCCCGAAGUUUUAAGGAUUUGCCCUGGCUUUUUCUCAGAAAGCUCAUGAUGGUCAAUUCAUCAGCUAGAAGUAUCAAAUGUGCCAAGACCUCUGCUGAGGACCAUAAAGGAAUAAAUCCACUGGAUUUGAUCACAGCUCUUUUCCACUGUGCCGACCCUUUUCUCCAACAAGAAAUGGCUCUUAAAAUGUCACUGUGUCAGUUCUCUGUGCCUUUACUGCUGCCAAACUGUGACACAAAUGAGUGUACGCUGAUGCUUUGGGCCCUGAGGGACAUAACAAAACAGUUCCGAUCCCAUUCAUUGAGAAAGGACUGUUCAGGGGAAAACAGUAUUGUGCAAACUGAUUUGCCCCUGAUCUCUUUUGUUAGACUGGGAAAAAGUAAGUUGUCCAAAUCUGAGUUUCUAAAUAAACUCAUCAGCAACAAUCAGCAAAACCAUGACACUUUUGUUCACUGGAAAAUUGCAAAUGGAAACUUUCCAAGAAAGAUCUGUAAUGGUCUUGUUGAAAUGACCUGGUAUCUUCCUUGUGGAAAGGAAACGGACAAAUUCAAAGAGCCAAUUGCUGUGGCUAAUCUACGAGGGGAUAUUUCUGAAUUUGAGGUCCAAUUUGCCUUCUUGAGCCAAGUAUCCUCUGCAGUUUUUCUAUUUUGUGAUGAUCUGGACUCAAACCAGACACUUCUGAAUUCCUUGCAGCUCUCAAAAUUGGUACUAGUUUGCAACACAAAUGAUAUAGAAUCAAGAAACGAUUUGGAAAAACGUUUGGCAGAGCUAAUGCUCAAUACACACUCAGUUAUCUUCAAGGAUGUGAAGAUGAAUGAUGAUGACUUUGUUGCUAAACUACAGACGGCUGUCGAUGAAAUACUUAAACAUUCUACAAAUGUUAGCAUCAAAAAAAUGUCUGAAAUUGCCCCAGAUCUGGGGAUCCUUGUAGAUGAAAAUGAUGAAAUUUGUCAAAAUGCAAAGAAAAUGGCAGAAACAAUGACAAAAGACAUUGACAAUAUAUCUCAGUUUAAAAUAAGACAAUUACCUUUGCAAGGUGAAAAGUUGAAAGAGGUUUCCGAACUGGAGAAAGAAAUGUGUCGCCUCAGAAAGGCAAAGAAACAAAACAUUGAGCACUACAAGGAUGAACUUAGAAGUCGAAUACACAAACUGAAAACGGAACAAGAAAACAGCAACAUGAAACAAGUAAUAUCUCUGUUCAUCUCUGGCUUGUGCUGCUCAUCAAAUUUCCAGAUGUAUUUUCUUAAAUGGAUGAAAAUAAUGUUGGACAGUCUAACAAGAAAGCACCUGUCCAGUCUUGAUGAGCAGUAUAAGGAAGCAUGUAAGAAAGCCAGAAAAGAAAAAGAACACCUUCGAAAACUGGAUAAUAAUAUUGCCAACAGCUCUUUAGGAGUUCAACACUUCAUGAGAGAAAUAAGUCAACUUUAUGAGUCUGCACACUCACAGGAAACCUGGAAAAACCCUGCUCUAAAGAAAUUACCAGAAGUAUGUGCUCAGUUGAUGCUGAAUGGGUUUCCUCUUGAGCUUGUUGAUGGAGAGGCAUCGAACAUUCCACUGACGUGGAUUGGAGAUGUGCUUACAGCACUCAACAAACUGACAGCACCUCACAAUAAGAUCAGAGUCAUAACAGUUUUAGGGGUCCAAAGCACUGGGAAGUCUACCCUCCUCAACACGAUGUUUGGAGUUCAGUUUGCUGUUAGCAGUGGCAGAUGCACAAGAGGAGCGUUCAUGCUUCUGAUAGGAGUGUCUGAGGAAUUCAGAGCAGAGCUUCAGUGUGACUAUCUUCUAGUGAUUGACACAGAGGGAUUAAAAUCUCUGGAGUUAGCAGAACUAGCUGAUAGUUUUGAGCAUGAUAAUGAACUUGCAACCUUGGUCGUUGGACUGAGCGACAUCACUAUUGUCAACCUUGCGAUGGAAAAUGCUACAGAGAUGAAAGACACUUUGCAAAUCGUUGUCCAUGCCUUUCUCCGCAUGAAAGAGGUGGGGAAAAAGCCUUGUUGUCAUUUUGCACACCAGAAUGCAGCAGAUGUCGCAGUGCAUGAUAAAACCUUGAGAGAGAGAAUGAGCUUUUUUCAACAGCUAGACGUUAUGACUCAAGCCGCUGCGAAAAUGGAAAAAAAGAGCAGCAACUACACUUUCACAGACAUCCUAGAGUAUAACAUUGAUGGAAACAACUGGUACAUACCUGGACUGUGGCUCGGAACUCCUCCAAUGGCACCUGUUAAUACUGGUUACAGUGAAGGGGUUAACAAGUUCAAGCAUGGUAUACUUGACAUUUUAAAGAAAACAAAAGUCCCAGCACAGGAUUUUGUGGCAUUUGCAGAAUGGAUCCGAAGCCUCUGGAAGGCUGUACAAUUUGAAAGCUUUAUUUUCAGUUUUCGCAACAGCCUCAUUGCCGAGGCGUACUCCAAACUUUGUGCUGAGUUUAACACUUGGGAAUGGGUGUUCAGGAAGCACAUGAUUGACUGGUGCACAAAAUCUGAGACCAAAAUCACUAACAUGGGUGCAGUGUCAGCGCAGUCAGGGGAUGCAGUUAAUCUUGAUAGAGUAUUAGCUGCCUUAAAAUGUGAAGCUGAUAAUGUUGGGAAAAAAGAGGAAAGCCUUCUAGAUUCAAUUCAGCAGUACUUUGAAAGUGAGUUGGAACAUGCACACCUUGUUGAAGAUCACAAAGAGGACUUUUUAAAUAGUGCACGAGGCAUUCGAAGAGAGGUUCAGACAGAUAUACACAUCAAACUGGAGAACGCUAUUUUGAUUCAGAAGGGAAUUGAAAAGGUGGAACUUAUAAAACAAAAGCAGAGGGAUACCAUGAAAGAAAAAGUCCUUAAUUUAAUUAAAGUCUGCAGGAGCAGAACAAAGAAACUCUGCGAUAGUGAACUGAAUGGGGAAUUUGAAAAAAUAUGGAAUGACAUUGUGAAGCAAAACUCCUUCUCAGCUCUACCAAGACAAGAUGUGGUGAAAGAAACCUACAGACUUUUACACAGCAACUUGGAAAUGAAAAGUGGGGCGGUACGAGAGAUGCUAUCAUGCGUCACCAGUCUUGAUCAGUGUGGAAUUGGACCAUUCUUUGCAGUUGCAAAAACACAUUUUUUCACAAGAUUCAGAAAUUCCCUGCGACCCGCAGAGAGGAAUAAAAAGCACAAGUUAGUACAACUUGCAUGUGACAAAAUAAUAUAUCAAAGUGACAUAUUUAUUAAAAAUAAGACAGAGCCUAAAUCAGAUUACAACAGUGCUGACAUACAAGAGCUAUUGUGCUUCAUUGACAAGAAUUUGGAAAGCUGUAAGGAUCCACAGAUAAGUCCUGAAGUUGAAGCAGCUCUCAAGAUCCACAUUUGUGGGAAUGCUGCAAGAGCUUUCCAGAAAAUACAUGAUGACUACAUCCACAGGAACGACCCUUUGAAAUCCCUUCAACUCUUCAAGAAAGAAUGGUUGGCUGACUUUAAAGACCUUUACUAUGAACGAGACCAGUGUCAGAACAAGGCAGAAAUGUGUGCCAUGCAGUGCUUCGCCCCUGCUGUGAUGGAGUACAUCCAGAAACAUCUUGGGCCUGACAUUGUGGAUGAAAUGUCAUCAGGUGAAAGAGGCCUUGAGUUUUGCACAAGAUCAUUUUUCCAGUGCUCACUUUUAAAACAGCUGCUUUGGGAUGAUAACUUUGACAAUAUUCUAGAGUAUGUACUCAACUAUGAAACUUUUGUAAUUAAGUGGAUUUCAGAAAAGAUUAUUGAACAUUUUUCGAAGAAAGGGGCUCUUUCGAUAUUAGAGGUAAAGCACUUGAAUGCUAUCAUCAACAAACUCAAGGAAGCCAUUGAAAGUGUGCAGAAGACAGCAGGCAUCCCCACGAACAUUGGCAGGUUUGUGACUAAUGUCUGCAAAAAUCUAAAUAAAGAUUUGGUCAUACCAGCGGACACCCUCAAUGCAACUCUAGCUUUAAACAACUCUAACCCUGUCGAAUUUAUAGAUUGCCUUAAAUCUUCAAUAGACAAAAUGCAUAAGCGAUUAGAAGAUCAGCUGCACGCUGAAACGAACGUAAGAGAUAAACUAACCAGACUCUCUGUGAGCAAACCUCAAGAGGUGCUCUUCAACAGAGUGUUUGGCUGUGGAAAAAAGUGUCCGUUCUGCAUGGCACCUUGUGAAGCUGGUGGAAAAAGGCAUACAAAUCACUUUGUGUCCAUCCAUCGGCCACAAGGCAUUGGCUACUAUUCCUGGAUCACUAACAAUAAACUAAUAGCUGACAUAUGCUCAUCUCUAGUUGCGAGUGAAAUGACAUUCCGCCAUAAAGACACAGGAUAUCAGUGGCAUCCUUACAAGGAAUAUAGACAAUUCUAUCCAGACUGGAGAAUACAGCCUGACUCUAGUAUCGAGGCCACUGACUUCUGGAAGUACAUCUUUGCCUAGUACAACACUAAAUUUGCUGCACGAUACAAUGUUAAACCAGCAGACAUUCCUGAUAAUUGGCAUAGAAUCUCUGUACAACAGGCUAACAAAUGCUUGGAAGAUACAUUCAAAAUGAAACAUUAAAAAGCUACCAAUGGACAACAGCAAUAAAUUGUGGAAAUGAAACAAUAAAAGGACAGGUGAACUGGAAAAGUCUUCAGUCCACUGAACUCUAAAACAUUUUACUUAGAUUUUUUUAGAUAACUAGUAUUUGCUGAAUGGUAGUCCAUGAAGAAACAAGUCUUUCAUUGAUUUCAUGUUGUCUAUUAAAAUAUUUUACAACAAUAUAAUAUAACGUGAGCAAACUAAAAGCAAGAAUUUUUUAUAAUUCUAUAUUGCUAUCAAUGUUUAUAUGAGAGUAUAAUGAAUUAAAUUGGGUAGAAAUUAAAUUUUCAUUCUAAUCAUGGACUCCAGCAAUGUGUACAAUGUUAUUUAACAUUAGACUAUCUAUGGAAGAAUAUUUAAUAAAUGAUUUAGCAUGUGGAGAAUUUGCACAAUUUGGCAUUCCACUUAAUGGAUCGAGUCUUGCUCACAGGCAAAUUUUAUUACAUUAGAAAUCUACAAAUCAGCCUAAAGCAUCACACUUUGGGGUCUUUUGUGACCUCUCGGAUGAGUUGUCGCUGCACUGUUGGGGUAAUUUUGGUCGGCCGGCCACUCCUGGGAAUAAUUUUCUUUCUCAUUUGUUUUUGAAUUUCUUUGGAUCUCGGCAUGAUGUAUAGCUUUUGAGGAUCUUUUGGUCUACUUCACUUUAUCAGGCAAGUUCUAUUCAAGUGAUUUCUUGAUUGCAAACAGUGUGGCAGUAAUCAGGCCUGGGCGUGACAACAGAAAAAUAACUCAUGUGUGAUACACCACAGUGCCAUGUAGUUUUGUAUUUUGUUUUUCUUUUAAUAAAAACCUUAAUAUGAAAA